AUUUUAUUCAUCUAUUUGUUUAUAAUUAAAUAAUGAAACUUAUGUCAUCAAGAUGUGAAUUUUUCCCCUUUUAAAAUAUUAAGCAAAUUUCAACUUUAAUUAUACUUGGUAAUUAAAGAUUUAAUUGGUAUUUGGAAGUUGAGGGAAAGGAGGAAUUUGGGGGAAAUAUUGGUAAAUUAGAGAGAGAAGAGUGAAAUUUGGAAUUUAUUAAAGAAGAGAAAAAGAGGGGAAUUUAUUUUAUAAAAGGAAAAGGAAAGGAAAAGAAAAGGAAAAAAAAAGGAAAAGAAAAAGGAAAAAGAAAAAGAGAAAGAAGAAGAAGAAGCCGAGAAACCCUAGCCACGCCGCCGCCGCCGAGUCGACGCACAUCGUCCCAGCCGCGUCGGAGAUCAGGUCAAGUCGAGCCGUCGCACGCCAGCCGUCGCCCGAAGCCGCGUUACACCCGUGCCUGCGCCGCGCCGCAUCGAUCCGAGGGAGAGCAGCUGAAGCCGCGUCGCCGAGCCGCCCAGUCCCAUCGUGCGCAACCGCCAACCACUGCGUGAAGCCGCGCACUGCCAAGUCACCGACCCGCAGCAGUCGACGGCGUCAGCCGCGCGCCUCCAGCCGUGAAGCAGAACCCGCGUUUCGGCUGAUCUGCGCCCGCCCGUCGGCCCGAGUCCAAAACCGACCCGCGCCGCCCGCCGAACCCGAACUCCGCGCGCGCGCCUACUCCAAGCCGAGCCGCGCCUCCCUGCUGACGUGAGCCGAGCCGCUCGCGCAAGCCCCUUUCGCCAGGACUGAGCCGAGCCGAUUCUGUCCUUCUUCCAGCCGAGCCGCCAAGACAAUUUUGGCUCCUUCCACCUAGUUUUGGUAAAUUUCCAAAUUCCCUAGCCUGCCCAGUAAUUAAAUGAGUUAAUUUGGAAAUUUAAUUAAUUUAAUUACUUUCCUCAAGAAGCAACUUGGACCAAAUAGCUGCUGCAGCUUAGGACUUCCUCAGUAGGAACUCAUCUAGCAACAUCUCGAGGAAGAAUGCCGCCACGUAGAGGUGCACGCCGAGGAGGUGGCAGGGGAGGCAGAGGAGCCGGUCGUGGCCAACCGGCGGAGCAACCUGCCGCGCCGCCAGUCAACCCCGACGUACCAGUCAACCCUAAUGCACCGGUCACUCAGGCGGAUCUCGCCGCAAUGGAGCAGCGUUACCAGGCCAUGCUGCAAGCUGCUCUAGCGCCGUUCCUCGCUGCUCAGCAGAACCAGGCCGCCCCUGUUCAGGACCAGCCUGUAGUCCCUCCAGCCCCUGUUCAGGACCAGCCCGUCAUCCCUCCAGCCCCGGUGGAAGCUCAGCCGGUGCCAGUACAACUGUCAGCUGAGGCCAAGCACUUGAGGGAUUUUAGGAAGUACAACCCGAAGACUUUCGACGGAUCCUUGGACAACCCCUUUAGAGCCCAGCUGUGGUUGACAUCCAUAGAGACGAUCUUCAGGUACAUGAAGUGCCCAGAAGACCAGAAGGUGCAGUGUGCAGCUUUCUGUUUGGAGGAUAGGGGGACUGCCUGGUGGGAGACUGCUGAGAGGGCGCUGGGAGGAGAUGCCAGCAAGAUCACAUGGGAGCAAUUCAGGGAGAGCUUUUAUGCUAAGUUCUUCUCUGCCAACGUGAAGCACGCCAAGCUCCAAGAAUUCCUAAACUUGGAGCAAGGCAAACUGAGCGUGGAACAGUAUGAUGCCGAGUUCGACCUGUUGUCCCGUUUUGCCCCUGAUGUGGUAAGGGAUGAGGCCGCCAGGACUGAGAGAUUUGUUAAUGGCCUCAGGUUAGACCUCCAGGGUUUUGUACGAGCUCUUCGGCCAACCACUCAUGCGGAUGCUCUACGCAUAGCACUGGAUCUGAGCCUGCAUGAGAGAGCUGGUCAAUCUAAGGUUGUCGGCACAGGGUCAGCCUCGGGACAGAAGAGGAAGGCGGAGGCGCAGCCCGACGUAAUACCACAGCGGACUCCGAGGUCAGGAGGUGUCUUCCAGAGACACCGUCGGGAGCUGGCAGCAGCUGGGAGAACUUUGAGAGAGCUACCCACUUGUACUACCUGUGGGAAGGUCCAUGGAGGACAAUGUUUAGCUGGGAGUGGAGUCUGCUUCAGGUGCAGGCAGCCGGGGCACACUGCUGAUGCGUGUCCUCGGAAACCCUUAGAGACGACGCCACGUCAGCCUUCUGCUCCCCAGCAGGGGAGAGUCUUUGCCACGAACCGGCAGGAGGCCGAGCGAGCUAGUACGGUGGUGACAGGUAGAGGACGAGGUAAGGGCAAAGGCAAGCUGGCGAGCGACGUGAAGUGACCGUGGCGAGCCAUAGGGGUUUUCCUGCUUCCGCACAUGUUUUACUUUACAGUUAAAUUCAUGUUUCGGCUUUCUGCAUGUUUACUUUGGUUAUUUUUGUAGAUAGGGCCCGCUUAGGGAUUUUAAACUUAACUCGUAUUUCUACAUGUUACCUUAACUAUCUUUCAUAAAUACAUUUGCUAGAUUUCUUUGCA